AUGGAGAAUCCGACCGUUAGUGAAUUGCGGUCAAGGUCCCGGUCUAAGACACCCUUCCUAAGAUCGAGCUGUGAUCGUGAAAACUGCGUAGAAAGUGAGGAGCAUACACAUCAAAAAACAGGACGCAGAACACCUAUUAAAAGAAGCACACCUAUCAAGCAGCUACAGCCCCCAUCAAAAAAAGGCAGCAUAGAAACAGUGCAAGAACAAGAUGAAACCCCACCAGCCCAUCGCACAAGGCAGACUACUAAAACUGAAAAACUUGUUAAAACAUCAGACUAUUCUUCUGAAGAGAGUCUGGAUAGACUUAAGGCCAAUAAAAAAGAGAUUUAUCAGAACGAAAUCAACAGCCAGUAUGAGAGUGUUUCAAGUUCACGUCACUACAGAACGCUCGCUGACGUCACCCUUAGCCCCAUAUCGCAUAAUCUGACGCAUGACAGGUCGUACCGUAUUGGAAGUCCUACCUACAGUGCCUGUUCAACAGACAGCUCCUUCGCAGAACAAGCAUUGGCCGACGCUAGUGCUCUCUUAGACAAGGAACCGAACCACGAGCAUCUACCCUAUCGGCUUUAUAAAAUGGCGGGAGAGUACUGGAACAAAUACCCCAAAACGGACUACACAUAUUCCCCAAUGUCUCGGGACCGCGUGGAGCUGGCUCCGGGGCAAGUGGCUGUCCCGAAUAUGUCUCGUCGCUCUCUGUCCCAAUUCCGGGUGCAAGGUCCAAACACAGUGGACGAACCUGACCAGUUUGUCUCCACUUGGACAAGUACAACUACGAGGAAACGUUUCACGACAGUAGAGAGUUCUGAUGAUGAGAGCCCGUACAUUCAUAACGGUUAUGGCGCGAGAGAGGAAAAAUGGUGGUUUACUCAACUAUUGGCAACAAUACUAACUACGAUCCGUACUAGCACUCGUAACGCCUAUAGGAAGGUGGUUGGCCCGUCCCACAGAUAUCCUUAUACUGACAGGAGGCCCGCUAAAGCUGGCCUUAUAUCACAAGCUGCAAGCGUCGUUACAGCGCCUUUCUACUGGAUAUACACUCUCAUCACUUCGGUCAUCACCACAACGGUUACUACGGUCACUGAAACGAUAUCGCCGAGUAAAGCAAUUCAAACUGAAAAACAUCGAGCUAUGUAUAAUAAGCAUGAGGGUGGGAAAUGGAAGCUGUGGCCGCUUUUGCUUUUAUUACCGGCUGUUGGAUAUGGAUAUUAUAAAUACAACGAUCGAGUACUGGACACGUAUGCGCCCCCGAUAAUCGGUCAAGACGCGGACUUGACCAAACGAGUCGCGGCUCUCGAAUCGUGGGCCCUAAAUGUCGAUAAUCGAUUCAAACUUGUCGAUGAAAAACUAUCGAAAUUCCAUAACUUUGAAGCCCAAAUAGAGAACUAUUCGUUUAAGAAUUUGCAACGGAAUUUGAUACAGAUUUUAAGCAUGGACGAUAAUAGUGAAGCUAUUGCCAGUAAACUGAAGGAGCACUUCGAUAGAAAUUACAUUUCGAAGGAUGAAAUGCAAAUACUGAGUCAGCAGAUACAUGAGAGAUUGAUCAAUUCGUGGAAACCGGAUAUGAGUGAAGAUGAUAUUAGGAGAUUAGUACAGGAGUAUCUGUUGACUGUGGAGAAACGGCAGAUGGCGGUCAUAGUUGAGAAGGUUAAGGAGUAUGUAGGAAAUGUGGCGGCACCUGGAGGUGGAGAUGACCCAAACCAUUAUCACUCUGAGGAGAUCCAAAAACUGGUGAUGAGUAUGCUGGAAAUCUACGAUGCAGAUAAGACCGGAUUGGUAGAUUACGCGUUGGAGUCUGCAGGCGGUCAAGUUAUAUCGACGCGCUGUACUGAACUAUACCAGAUAAAGACGAAGCAGUACUCGAUCCUCGGUUUGCCAGUUUGGUGGGUGUACACGUCGCCACGAUACGCUCUAACGCCAGGGAAUAUGCCCGCUGAGUGCUGGGCUUUCCAGGGCUUCCCAGGAUACCUGGUAAUUCGAACAUACGCAAUCAUUGAAGUAACGGGUUUUUCAUUGGAGCAUAUGUCUCGUCUGCUGGCUGCUGAAGGGAAGAUUGAAUCUGCACCUAAAUACUUCUCAGUUUAUGGACUCCAUGGUGAAUUGGACCCAGAGCCACAUUUAUUCGGUAACUACGUGUACGACGCUAAUAGCACGGCCAUACAACACUUCCCCGUUCAAUACCCCAAGACGACCAACAUUGGGGGUAUAGAAUACCCAGUCGCUUACGACAUUGUCGAACUGCGGGUCGAGAGUAACCAUGGCAACCCUACAUACACCUGUGUUUAUAGAUUUAGGGUACAUGGCAACCCUUUGAAUGAUAUACGACAAGCCACAGAAGAUAGCAUUAGAGAUAGUGAAACAUAG